AUGUCCACUAUGUAUGACUCGGAUGACGCCUUUAAUCGAUCGCCUCCAAUGGAGGCGAUGAAACCCAACUAUGGAGAAAAGGAACCUUCACCACCACCGUUUGUUUCGACCGAAAAAGAUGCCGACGCAGCUGGUUCUCGUAAGCCCAACCAGCCGGAACCUCAGAGCUCAACCCGUGAGGGCGACCGAGUGCUGAUGGGGUUUCUAGCUCCGAACCACCCCGAGAUUGCCGUGGCGGCAAGGAAUUCUCCAUUGGAACCAUUACCUGGAAAUCUCAAAAUUUAUAAGCAACCACCUGACUUCGACCCCAGAGAUUCAAAGAGGUCAAUUCCAUUCGAAAGGGGAGACCGGGAAGGGACCCCCAAGAUAGAAUCGACCCCAGUCCCAGUCCAGCCACCGCCAGAUGUUGAGGCUAAAAAUGAGGCUCGGCCAGUACGACUUCAAUCAUUCAGUGGCGCGAGUCAACGACCACAAGGGCUGCCCUAUCUUAAAACCUCUUCGGAAAACGAGCCACCAAUUCCUCUCCCAUCACUAAAAUUGUCCCAACCCUCUUCUGGACCAGGUCUCGCAAAAUCUCCAGACAGCAAGAAGCAAACGCUGCCCUCUAUCCACAAAGCUAUCAGCGAACUGUCAGACUUCGGCCCACCACCACCCAACACAAUGCCAUCGCCCUUCCCCUUCUCCUCGUGUCCCACAUCAACUACAUCAGGGAACGAUUCUCCAUUCGACCGUGCUUUCCCAGGAAAGUUUUCCAUUCCUGCAAGUCCUUAUUCUCACUUUUCGCCGGUGAGCAUGAAGGACUCAUCUACCAACCCUUCCCCGGCCUCGCACUCAUCCUUCUGGCGCGGACCACCCCAUUCCGAGAUGCUGUCCGUCCAGACCCCGUAUGAGCCUUCUCCUAUGACUGCCAAAAGCCCCGCGAAUAGUUAUCCUACGCCCACGGAACAGGUCGGCUCUGGUAUGGGCGAUCGGCAUUCGCUCGCUGCGUCUACUCCUCAGGCCAAUGGCCCCGUGGGUAGUUACAAGUGUACACAUACCGGAUGCACUGCUGCGCCCUUCCAAACUCAGUAUCUCCUCAAUUCUCACGCAAACGUGCACUCACAAGACCGCCCACAUUUCUGCCCAGUAGAGGGCUGUCCACGCGCACUAGGCGGCAAAGGUUUCAAGCGCAAGAAUGAAAUGAUGCGCCAUGGCCUCGUGCAUAAUUCCCCAGGCUACGUCUGUCCAUUCUGUCCGGACCAGCAACACAAAUACCCGCGACCCGACAAUCUUCAACGACAUGUUCGAGUACACCACGUCGACAAAAACAAAGACGAUCCUAUUCUCCGACAAGUUCUCGCGCAAAGACCACUUGGUAGCGCGCGCGGGAAAACGAAGGAUGAACAAUACAUGAAACCUUUUAACUCUCUC